CGGGUAAACACAAGGAAGAGCCGGUUACUAGGAGACCGGAGGAAGCGGCAGACAGAAAUCAUCUCAAGACAUGGAGUCCGAGGGGCAGGAGGGAGACAUGCAGCUGGAGCUGGACUCAGUCAUCGGCUUUAAUGGCCACGUGCCCUCUGGGCUGAUCUCUCACCCGGACCGGGAGCACCUCAUCUACCCCUUAGGAUGCACCGUCGUCAUUGAGAAUCUCAACAAACACAAGCAGUACUUUCUUCAUGGCCACACCAACAAUGUCUCCUGUGUGGCCAUCUCCAAAAACGGACGGUACCUGGCAUCAGGGCAAGUCACCUACAUGGGAUUCAAGGCGGACAUUUUCUUGUGGGAUUAUGCUAAGAGAGAGUCUUGCGGCAAACUGACCCUGCACAAAGUGAAAGUGGAGGCCCUGGCAUUCUCACCAAACGACCAAUACCUGGUGUCACUGGGAGGGCAGGAUGAUGGCAGCGUGGUCCUAUGGAAUGUGAUAACCAAAGAACCUAUCUGCGGGAGCCCAGCGUCAUCGCUCAGUGCCGGACAUGCCGUGGGCGUCUCCUUCUCCAACAACAGGGACGAUGUCUUCAUAACUAGUGGACACGGCACACUCCGUGUCUGGGAGGUGGACCUCCAGAACAGGAAGCUGCGUCCAACUGAGUGUCAGAUGGGUCAGCUGAAGAGGGUGGUCACCUGCCUGGUUGUGGCAGAAGAUGACAGCUGCUUCUACUGCGGCACCUCCACAGGAGAUAUCCUGAAGAUGAACACAAAGACCAAACUGCUGAACAGCUGUGGGCCCCAGAAAGGCAGAUUCACCCUGGGAGUGACAUCUCUGAAUUUGCUGAAAACAGGAGAGCUUCUGAUUGGCUCUGGAGAUGGGAAACUGUCACUCUGCAAAGAACCGAACUAUAAGGCAGCUAAGAAGGUCCAGCUGCAGGGGGCCAUCACCUCCAUCACCCUCCGGGGACAGGGCCACCAGUUCUUUGUGGGAACCUCUCAGGCGCAGAUCUACCGUUUCAACUAUUCAGAAUUUAAGGAGGAGCUUGUAGCGACGUGUCACAGCGAAGCCAUCAAUGACAUCGUCUUCCCCUUUGGUACUUCAGAGCUGUUUGCGACGUGUGCCAAAAAUGACAUCCGGGUUUGGCACACAACCAGCCACAAGGAACUGCUGCGGAUCACCAUACCCAACAUGACCUGCAACGCCAUCGAAUUUACUAGAGACGGCAAGAGCAUCCUAUCAGCCUGGAAUGACGGAAAGAUCCGAGCGUUCACACCCGAAAGCGGGCGACCCAUGUACCAGAUAGAAAACGCCCACAGCAUGGGAGUGACCGCCAUCGCAGUGACGAGCGACUGCAAGAGGAUUGUGAGCGGAGGAGGGGAAGGACAGGUGAGAGUGUGGGAGAUCGGAAGGGAAAGCCAGCGGCUCGUAGAAUCCAUGAAGGAACACAAGUCGGCGGUGUCCUGCAUCAAACUGAAGAGCAACAACCGGGAGUGUGUUACCGCCAGCUCAGACGGCGCCUGCAUCAUAUGGGACCUCGUGAGGUUUAUACGGAAACAGAUGAUCUUAUCCAAUACAUUGUUCCGCUGCGUCUGUUACCACCCCGAGGAGUUCCAGAUCAUCACCAGCGGCACCGACAGAAAGAUCGGCUACUGGGAAGUGUUUGAUGGCUCGCCAAUAAGAGGUCUCGAGGGAUCCAUGUCUGGCGCCAUCAAUGGAAUGGACAUAAGUGACAGCGGAAGUCACUUUGUGACAGGUGGGAACGACAAGCUGGUGAAGGUUUGGGAUUACAACGAGGGCGAGGUGACCCAAGUGGGCAUUGGGCACAGCGGAAGUAUCAGCCGGAUAAAGAUCUGCCCCCUCUCCCAAUACAUCAUCAGCGUCAGCAGUGACGGGGCGAUUCUGCGCUGGAAAUACCCGCAUCCCGUCUAGACCGCCCUCAGCCGAUAUCUUAGGACCUGUGGAAAGACGUUGUCAUUACUUUAAGAUUAAG